CUUGUAUUAAAAGUUUAUUUCCAUUUUUGGUUCACAUUCUCAUUCUCCGCGACAUCUCCGAUCAGAGGAGGGCCUUGGCUAUACAAUGUAUAAGGGAGGUUCAAAGAAGAACAAGUUGCGUGGAAGAGGCUUUGAUAUUCACUUGCGCAAAACAAGAGACAAGACUGAGCCAAAUUUUCUCCAGAAAAACUGUGGACCUGUAGAAACUGGUGUAUCUUCAACAGAAAAAGGGUUUAAUUCAUUAAAAGCAACUACUGAACCCCGGUCUUUUGAGUUUUAUGUCUGGUCAGAUGAGGGAAUUAAUCUUCGUAUUGAUUUAAAUUCAUCCCCAUCAGAUUGGACUAACAGGUUUAGAAAUGAGGUCUGUGCGAGUGAGAAUGUGUAUAGAAAAGAAUCUACGAGUCUUUGGCAGGAUCUUGGUUGCUUAGGAGGAAAAAGUUCCUUAUUUGAUGUUCAUAAUGGAGAGAGCAAAUCUUCCCCUAGCUUGAAAUUGUUAAAAGGUGCUACUGAGUUUGAUCAACAGAAUAAAGGUUGUGGUGUUUCAAUGUAUAAUUCAUUAACUCCAUGCACCAUGACUGUAAAUGUGACUGAAAAUGUAAAGGAAAAUCAAUCAACUUUCUCAGGUGAACUGACUGUAACUGUAGCAGAUAAUUUGAAGGAAUAUGAAUCAACUGUCUCAGCUGAAGUUAGUUAUGGUGCACCAAACAAUUAUAUUUCUGGUGCUGAAUCUUGUGCUAAAGAUGUGUCUAAGAAAAUCCUUGAUUCAGAUGCUACUGAUACUCCAUUUAUCAAGUCAAUAUAUGGUUCUGCUGGCACCUCACUGUCUGAUCCUGGCACACUAGAGAUUCAAAAUCCAAAGCCUGAUUAUGAAAUUUCUGAAGAUUGUGCUAUGAUAAAUGAUUCUUGUGCCAUGAAUUCUGUUAUGGUGUGUCCUGGAACUUCCUUAAGUGGUUCUUUGGAGCUACAAGUUUCAGAAGUUGCUAGUUGUCAUAAAUAUGCAUCACUAUCACUUGGUGACAAUGAUGGGUUCCUGGAUUUAAGUGAUCCUGAAAACACGUUAGACAUGGAACAGGGUGGACUAGUUGACUCGAGCAAAAUUAAUAACGAUACUAAAGGGAAGAAUCUCCCAUCACUAACUGAAGAAGGGGAGGUGAGCAAGUUUGUUAAUGGAAGGGAGAGUUCAGACUAAUUACUCUUCCCAGGCCCCAGCAACAUUUUUCAAAGUUAUUUAAGUUUCUAUACAACUGAUUUGAGCAUAUUCAUACUAUGCUUCUUCCAGAUGCUCCCAACUUGAUGACCCACUUAAGAGGUCUUGCCCAGAGUAUGGUGAUCAGGAAUCUAGAAUGAAACUUCGCAAAAAGGGGAAACACAUGCACUCUGAGGUUCAAAGUUCCAGUGAUAAACCUGAUGUGAUGUUUUUAAGAAGCAUGAAGAAUAUUGCAGUGAUGCCUAGAAGAUCUAAACGGCAUGCUUUGACAGUUACAGCAUUAAGUACAGUGAAUAACAAAACCUGAAAGUAUACACAUCCUCUUAAUAUUCCUCCUGCUACUUUGUAAAGUAAGUAUUGAAGUACGUGUAUUUAUUACUUUGAAAACAUAAUAAGCGUUUAACACUUUCUUCAUUUAGUAAUUAGGAGGAUUUGUAGGCGUAAAAGGUAGAAGAAUAUACAAUCGUUCAACCUACUUAUUGAAUCCUUUUGCAGCUACAGCAUUCAAUGUCUUUAAUAAUACGAUUCAGAUGUUGGCAAAAGUAAUUACCUGAUAUUUUAAACCACUUACGUAUUGGUCUUUUGGUGCAUUUAUAUUUGCUAAUUUUAACAUGAACUGAACUUCGUUAUUACUACUCAAAACCUAAUAAUGCUCCCAAUUGAAGCCACAGAAUUAGUCUGUUUCAGUCUAGAAUAGAAACUAUUGGCCAUAUUGACUUAUAUACGAUCCAACCUUGCCCUUUUGUCUUUCACGUAGAAGUUAACCUGUUCACUUGUACUCUUGCAUACCUGGUUACAUAUGGUAAAAAUACACUAUACAGGUAUGCGUAGCUUGUGAAAGGCUUUCUUCAUACUUUUCUUUAGGUGCUAUUUACAUAUUUGUUAAAAAUAAAUUACUUUGAUUGUGAAAUUCUCUUCUACUUGUUUGAUGCUACCACAUUUUAUGAUUUCGAUUUACUUGUUCAGUGAUUUCAUGAGGUGCUUGUACGCUUCAUUUGGAAGCGUUAGUUCCAGAUUUCUCAACGAAUUAAAAUUGAAGAAUGGUAUUUAGUAGGUAUGAACUACAACUAUGAUUUCAUCUAGUUUUGAGAACCAUGAAAAGCAGUGAGAAAAGUCAUGAAAUUAAAAUUUUAUAUCAGGUUACAUGAAAUUCUAAUCUUUGUGAAUCAACAACUUCAAUCCUUGGUUUGGACUUGGAUGGCUGUGUGGGUGGAGAAGCACUUCGAAAAUUGUUCUGUACGUGAUUGUGUUUGGGAAGCAUACAAAACAGAAAUUAGAAAUCAAUACACAUAAAAUCCAUGCCCUAUAAUUUUGUACUUUGUUGCUGCUGUUGGCUUUCUUAUGCAGCUUAUUUUUCUGCAUCUGGACACUAUAUUCUGAGGCAAUCUCCCCACAAAAAUGUUUAAUAUAACUAAUUAAAAUUUAAGUUGAUUAUGUAAACCAUGUUAACUGGCUGCAACAGCUUGCUUUAUUCUCUUGGAAGAUUUAUACUCACUGAAUAAUAUAAAAAAAAAAAUGCAAGUUAGCCUUUUCCGGUAGAAAUUUUUGUUUCUUCUUUGAAGGUAUACCUAGCUCUAAGACGCUUUUCUGAUUGUACAUGAACAUUCAUAUGGAACUGAUAAUUUAUCAUAGAGUUUUUUCUUAGUUUGACGCCAUUUGUCAAUUUGGGGCAUGCUUGAUCAUUCCUUCAAAAGAUAAGUCCUCAAUGCAUUUGUACGUGAGAAAAAUGAGCUUCCUGGUGGCACGCACCCGAAUGCACAAAUCAUAUUGAUUUCUCUGUUUAUAUUUAGCAUUAGCAAGUAUCCUAUCUAUUAUAUGGACACCUUUUUUUUUUUUUUUUGUGCGAAUGGAUACUUUUGAAUACAUGUAAAGUAUUAAACAUAUAAACUAAAAAAAUUCUUUAAUAAAUAAUUUAAUUGAUAAAAAAUUAUCGUUUGAAAUUGUGUUAAAAAUUUCUAAUUUAGGCCAAAAAAAAGUAUGGUAUAUAUAGUGACGGUCCUGCAUAUAGUAAGUAUCCAUAAAAAAAAAUUUACUAUAAAAAAGAUAAGAACUUACACAUUAAGAAAUAAUAACAUUAAAUGAAAUAAUUUACUAUAUAUAGUGACAGAACUGUACGCACGUGCUAAUGGGGGGAUUUCUUGAUACAUACUUUACUUGGGCAUUUUUAUUAUUUUAAAAAAAAUUAGUUUAAAAAAAGUAAUAACUUAGAAAUCCCCUUUGGAAUUAAAUUUUAAAAAGAAUAUUAAACGCUGCUUUAGAAAUAUAUUAAAUGGAAGAAGGAAAUCAAAGUAGACUUGUGGUAGCAAAACCAUCACUCAUUUUGUCUAGAAGAUCAUAUCCAAAAGAGCAGGCCCAGUUAGAUUAUGGGGAUGGAUUCAAGCCGAGUCAAAUUCUUCUCGUAAACACCUGAUACCUCUCAUUACAGCAAAACAAUAAUUUUAUAUAGUAAUGAAAUGCGGCCAAUAAAAUAAAUCCAUUGAAGAAAGUUUGGUUAUUGAAAAUAAAAUGAACAUGGGGACUGUACAUUCUCGAACAAUCUCAUUCUAUACAAAGAAGAGAGCCAUGGAUCAAAAUUUACAAAAUCAGCAAUGGAACAA